AUGUUAUCUCUCCGUCAAUCUCUUAGAUUCAUAACCCCAGCAACAAGGGCAUUUUCUACCUCUAGAUUCGCCUUCGAAAAGCAAGUCUCCAAGGUUGCAACCACAUUGGCCGAAGUCGAUGGUCCAAACUCGUUGAUUGGUCCCGGUGCUACCGAGGGAACCGUUCCAACGGAAUUGGACCAAGCCACCGGUCUAGCCAGAUUGGAAUUAUUGGGUAAAUUAGAAGGUAUUGAGGUUUUCGACACUAAACCAUUGGACGCCACCAGGGUCGGUACCAUGGAGAACCCAAUUGUGGUCGACUCCUACGACGACUAUCGUUAUGUUGGGUGCACUGGCUCGCCAGCCGGCUCUCACACCAUUAUGUGGCUGAAACCAACCGUCUCCCAAGUAGCCAGAUGUUGGGAAUGUGGUUCCGUCUACAAAAUCAACCCACUGGGUGUUCCAGUGGACGACCACCAUCAUUGA